UACAAAAAGUCUCCGACGGAAAAACGAAAAUCCACCGGCGGAGAAAUCAAAAACCAAAAAUCAAAUCUUUUGUUUCACCAAAACCCAAAUGUCUCAUCUCCCGAUUCUAAUCGCUUCUUUACUCUUCCUCUCUUCACUCGCCGCCGUCGUCGCCGCCGAAUCGGAUACUCCGACGGCGUAUUCACUCCUCCAAAGCUACAACUUCCCCGUCGGAAUCCUUCCAAAAGGAGUCGUAGCUUAUGAUUUAGACACAACAACAGGCAAAUUCCAUGCGUAUUUCAACGAUUCAUGUAGCUUCUCUCUUGUGGGUUCUUACCAACUGAAUUACAAAUCAACAAUCAGUGGUUACAUCUCCGAGAACAAGCUCAAGAAAUUGACUGGUAUUAAAGUCAAAGUUUUGUUCUUGUGGCUUAACAUCGUCGAGGUUAUUAGAAACGGCGACGAGAUGGAGUUUUCUGUCGGAAUCACUUCGGCGAAUUUCGCGAUCCAAGAGUUUUUGGAAUCGCCUCAGUGUGGUUGUGGAUUUGAGUGCAAGGAAUCGAAAUCGAGAAACCCUUUUGUUUCUUCGUCUUGAAUUUGAAAUAAAGGUUCUAUUUUUUUACUAGUUUGUCAACAAAAAGAUUGCAUCUUUUAUGUCUUGUCCAAUAAUAUGAGCGUAGUUUCUGGAAUUGAUAUCUGUUCGCGCAAUUGUUGCUUCAGUUCCAUGUUCAAGUGUAAUGGUAAAAGAAAAGUAAUUGAAGGGAGAUGUGAACAUUGUGAAGUGAAAAAUAUAGCUCAAAACCAUGAAUUUGGCUGAUUUAUUA